AGAUAUUAAAAGAAGAAGACAAUCCAUCGUUCAAUAAUGUGUAAAAUCCUCGAUAGGCUCACAGCCGUGGAUGGAACCAAUGGCGAACGGAAGUCUUGAGCAAUCAUAAAUUUUAAGAUCCUCCUAUAUAAACAUUGAAACAACGUUACAAAACAUAAAGAAUUAAGGAGAAGGAAGAAAGGAGGGUGUACACAAUGUUCAUCCUUCCAUAUCUCAACCAAUCUCUCACUACUUCAUUCUCCACAUUCAUCUUCUUCGUUUCUCUUCUCCUUCUCCUUCUCAUUCCCAAACUCAUAUCAAAACCCAACCAAAAUCUCCCACCAUCCCCACCUAAACUUCCUCUAAUCGGCAACCUCCACCAGCUAAGUCGUCAUCCCCACCUCUGUUUCCACCGCCUCUACCAAAAGUUCGGCCCCAUCAUCCUCCUUCAACUCGGACAAAUCCCAACUCUCAUAAUCUCAUCACCAAAAAUCGCCAAAGAAGCUUUCAAAACCCACGACCUCUCCUUCUCAAGCCGCCCCCUUCUCUUUUCCGCCCAACACGUCACCUACAACUGCACCGACAUUGCAUUUUCCCCUUACGGCUCUUACUGGCGCCAAGUCAGAAAAAUAUGCAUCCUCCAACUCCUUAAUGCCAAAAGGGUCCAAUCCUUUGCCUUCAUUCGACAACAAGAAGUUGCCCGUUUGGUUAACAGAAUCUCCCACUCCACCGAUCACGUGGAUCUCACGAGCCUCUUGGCAAUAUAUGCCAAUGAUGUGCUCUGUCGAAUGGCGCUUGGGAGGGAAUUUUCCACCGGUGGUGAGUACCAUCUUCAUGGCAUUCAAGAGUUACUCGAAGAGUAUCAGGUUUUGCUUGGAGGAUUCUCUUUUGCGGAUUUGUUCCCUUCUUUGUCGUUUAUCAGUACGCUAACGGGGACAAAAUCGAGGCUUGUGAAGACGUUUAAAGCGUUCGAUAAGUUAGUUGAUAAAGUAAUUGCUGAACAUCAGAGUCCCGACCGUGAGAAACUUGGACAAUCUAAGGAUCUUGUUGAUGUUUUGCUUGAUAUACAGAAGAAUGGUUUUGAAGACAAAUUUUUCCUUACUAUGGAUAACGUCAAAGGCAUUAUUUUGGAUAUGUUCGUUGCAGGAACUGACACGACUUUCAUAGCUCUUGACUGGGGGAUGACGGAGCUCAUAACACACCCAAAUGCCAUGAAAAGAGCACAAAGUGAAAUUCGAAGAGUGGUUGGUGAUAGAAGAAAUGUAACAGACAGUGAUGUUUUAGAAAUGCCUUAUUUGAAAGCUGUGGUUAAAGAGGUACUCCGAUUGCAUCCACCAGUGCCGGUUUCGACUCCAAGAGAAACUAUAGAAGAUGUGAGGAUUGAAGGGUAUGAUAUUCCAGCUAAAACAAGGGUUUUUGUGAAUGUUUGGGCAAUUGGGAGAGACCCAGAAUCAUGGAAGGAUCCAGAAACUUUUGAGCCAGAAAGGUUUUUGGAGAGUGAAGUUGAUUACAAAGGGUUGAAUUUUGAAUUCAUACCAUUUGGAGCUGGAAGAAGGAUUUGUCCAGGUAUUACUAUGGGGAUCGCCACGAUUGAGCUUGGUUUGGCUCAGAUUUUGCAUAGCUUUGAUUGGGAACUUCCUAAUGGAGUUGAAGCUAAAGAUUUGGAUAUGACUGAAGUUUUUGGUAUCACAAUGCAUAGAAAAGCCCACUUGGAGGUUGUGGCAAAGUCGUACUUUGCCUCGUCCCUCUCCAAAUAACUGCUUUUCCUCAAGAUUAAAAUAUUCUUCCUUUCAAGUUGGUUUAUUUUUAAUAAAAACUUUCAAAAUGCCUUAUUUAAGAUCAUCUACUGUCAAUAAAUCUUAAAUUUAGUUUGUAAAUUAUUAGUUUAAUAUGAUGUAAAAUCAGGUUGGGAUAAAUUUAAAAGUAAAUUAAUAUUUAAA